GAAAAGACUCAAUCAUUUGGGGGUAUUGUUUUGUCACGGUUAUCCUGCCUUUACUCUUAUCUUUUAUGAGUCUUAUCUAUAGCAGUUAUCUCAUAGCAGCAAAGACAUAUUACAUUUAGUUUCCUAUCUAAAUCGUCGUGUGUGUGUGUGUGUGUGUGUGUUUUUUUGUAAUUAUGAUGAAGCUUUCAAGCAGGGGAACUUAAAAGCUUUGCCACCAGGAACUUCGUAAUUACUUUUAGGUUUACAAGUCUGCUUGUUGUAUGUUGUAUACUGCUGUUGCUAUUUGUGUGUAUAGGUUUAUUUUAUUUUAAUGUGCAAGUGGUUGUCAAAACGAAGCCCGUUUGUUAAACAUGUGUAAAAAAAUGAUGACAUGUAUAGUUAAUGCAGAAAUCGAGUUGUCGCUAUUUCAAAAUGAAAGUGAGCAGUACUUUGAGAGGCCUUAGAAAAGCAGUGGUGUGGGCUGGUACUGAUGUCUCCGAAAGGGGCUAUCCUCUCAGUUUUCAUAAACCUCACUCUAGAUCGGAACCUGGAUGGACCUCAGUGAAUCUAACUGGUCCAUGGUUAAGCGGCUAUCAUCUCGCAGCCCAGGGUCUUCGCCGGCUGAACACAAUUACCUUAGCAGUGACAGAAGAGACAGACCUGCUUCUGCAUCAGAAGAGCUGAGGUCACCAUCAGCUACUAAUCUUGACACUGAAGAAAACCAGCCAACAGAGGGCAGGUCACUACACUCCUACGUUCAUUCGGGACAUCACAUCAGCCUACCGAGUUCGGAGGACGUAACACUCUUCACGGAUUUAGACCAGGGCAACAAGCUUAUUAUUUCCAGUGGGAAUUUCAAAGGGAGCUUAGUGGUUGACCCCAGCGACAUGUACCAAACCUUAGCCAUGGCUGCGGCCCAGGGGCCAGCAGGAUACGACUCGUCUGCCAGUAGCUUUAUGCACUCCACAUCAACCUCUCCAGUUUACGUACCGACAACCAGGGUUGGACCCAUGAUCUCUGGAAUCACGUACCUGCAAGGGAGCGGGGCUUCACAGCCAAGCCAUGCGGUCAGCAACCACUCUGUGUGGUCACAACCUGCCUCAGAGAGCCCAUCUUACAGCACGGGUAGCCCCCACGGCUCUAACCGUUUCCACUACUCUCCAAGUCCGCCAGUGAAUAACGGAGCAUCCAGGGAUGGCAACUACAGUAACACUCUGAAUGUCAACGGGAGAGACCAGUACAGUCCACUGGCCAGACCGCUAAAUGGAUCUUACCCCAGCCCAUAUUCACCUUACGUGGGAGCGCAACUUACAACAGCCUGGCCAACAGGACCCUUUGACAACACUAUGCUCCAUACUUUACAAAACAGAGGGGCACCGAUACCAAUUCGAGCACCAAAUGGAGAUAUACUGGAUGAUUUAGGUGAGAGCAGAGAAUGUGUUAACUGUGGCUCCAUCUCUACGCCCCUGUGGAGACGAGAUGGCACGGGGCACUAUCUCUGUAACGCGUGUGGGCUGUACAGCAAGAUGAACGGGCUCAGCAGACCGCUUAUUAAACCACAAAAACGAAUGUCUUCAUCAAGGCGGAUCGGCCUGUCCUGUGCAAACUGUCACACCAGUACUACCACAUUGUGGCGCAGGAAUGCAGAAGGGGAACCAGUGUGUAAUGCUUGUGGACUCUACACCAAAUUGCACGGGGUACCUAGGCCACUUGCAAUGAAGAAAGAAGGAAUCCAGACAAGGAAAAGAAAACCCAAGAGCCUUAAUAAACCCAAGGCCCCCUCUGGCAGCAGCAAUCCCGUACCCAUGACUCCAACCUCCUCGUCUUCAUCGAACUCUGAGGACUGUACGAAGACUGGAUCUCCAUCCGCACAAGUGCCAGUGUCAGGGAUCAAUUCCUCAGCAAUGUCGGGCCAAGGAGAUAGCACCAACACUGGAAGCCCUGCACUGAAGUAUUCAGGUCAAGAGGGCCUCUACGCGGGAGUCAGUCUGACCUCCACUGCUGAAGUCACAGCCUCGGUCCGAGGGGAGACGUGGUGUGCUCUGGCACUGGCCUGAUCCUUCCCGUAAAUAAAGAUUGAUGCCAGCACCAGAUGUUUCAUCAGUGAUCCAGCAACGGUAUCAUCAAAGCAGCGACACUGCUGAAGCAAGGAGACAGGACGUUACAUGGGAGUGUUUUUCUUUUAUUUUCCCAUGGGCUUGAAGAGGUGCGGGACUAAAAGAACCACUUUAUUCCCUGAUAUUUGUUCUCUGCAAGCAUCUAAAAACAGAAAGAAUCUAAAAACAGAAAGAAUCUAAAAACAGAAAGACUAAAAACAGACUCGGCAGACGGGCGGAGGAGAAGUUCCAUCUUUAAAGCUUGUUGCUCUUCCAGAGACAAAAAAAAAAAGAAAACUGUUUCUAAAGCCCAGUCACACUGCCUUUUUAAAAUAUUAUUAUUGUUGUUAUUAUCUGAUCUGCAAUGGGUACUUUCAGAAUGAGUUCCACAUUCUCUAGUGAAACCACUGCAGCCAUUGUAUUUAACUACAUACGUUGCUAAACACUAUUUGACCGGAUGAGGUUAACUGGAUUCAUCAGCUUUUCUUCCAAUACAAUCAAGAACACUAUGGUACAAUACAUUGCAUGCCUUUGCUGGCAACUGGAAAAUAAAACACUACAUGCAAAGUUAUUAGCUCAAUCAAAACUGAAAUAUUUCUUUACCUAAUUUUUCUUUUCUUUUUUUCUUCCUUUUUUAGCUUCAAUAAGGAAAACACACACACAACAUGUGCCAAUAGUGCAAAACAUAAUAGUUUAGUAUGUGCUGCAUUUUAAUUUAUGCAUACCUAGUGAUUAUUGUUCUUUGGAGUACAUUUAAUUUAUAAUGAAGCCGCACAGCGUUGCUUUUACUUUUUUUUCUGAAAGUUCCUAUUGUAGUCUGAUUGAGAUGUCAUGGUUUUAAACAGGGUAACAAACAGAUAAGUCCUUGACUUCCAUAUGUUCAAGUGCAAUUUGUGUUGCAGCAAUCAGUGUUAAAUCAAAUGUUUCAGAUUUAACAAUUUAUUUUGCAAUGAAUGUAAACAAAUAUUUUAUCUUAAUGGUACUUAUCUAAUUUAAAAUUGUUUGCCAGGCAUCAUUAGCAGUUGAUAUUUUCAACGGUUUAAAAGAUGUCCCAAUCUUAGUUUUAAAAAACAAAUUCAAUCCAAUAAUCUCUUUUUAGAAUAAAUUUCACUCAGGAAAUUUUUACUGAUGGAUUUUUUUGUAAAAGAACAUUACAGUAAUAUUUUCUGGAAAGGAAUAGUGCUGAAAAUUUACUACCUAAAUGAUACAUAAGUAAAUACUCCAAGACUUAUGUAUCUUUCAAGUUUUAUGAUACAAUAUGUAAACUAGGUGUAUGUAUAGGUUGGAUGACAUAAUAUUGUGUUUAGAUGAGAUGCCUUUGCCAUAUUGUUAUUUGUUCAAUAAAACUGAUUUAAGGA